UAACAAUUACUCUGCGAAGCAAGCUUUUCUCCCACGGAAGGUUUUCCCGCUCAUACCGAUGGCUCCCAAAUCGGAUAGCGCUGAAGGAAUCGUCCUCAACUUCGUCAAUGAGCAAAAUAGGCCUUUGAAUUCACAAAAUGUGGCCGAUUCCCUGCAAAAGUUUAAUCUCAAAAAGGCUGCCAUACAAAAAGCCUUGGAUAGCCUUGCAGACGGUGGUAAAAUAUCAUUCAAAGAGUAUGGCAAGCAGAAAAUAUACAUGGCUAGGCAAGAUCAGUUUGACAUCCCAAACAGCGAAGACCUCAACCAGAUGAAAGAGCAGAAUUCGAAACUCCAAGAACAGCUUGCUGAAAGAAAGAAAGCCAUCUCUGAGGUUGAAGCAGAGGUCAAGGCACUGCAAUCAAAUUUGACACUCGAUCAGAUACUAGCCAGGCAGAUCCAACUGGGAAACGAGGUUAAGCAGAUGGAGGAUAAGUUGACUAAGCUGAGGCAAGGGGUUACUCUGGUGAGUCCAGAGCAGAGGCAGGUCGUGGAAAAGAUGUAUAUGGAGAUGAUGAAUCAGUGGAGACGACGCAAGAGGAUGUUCAAGGAUGUAUGGAGUGCCAUCACAGAAAACUCACCCAAGAACCCUAACGAAUUCAAGGAGGAACUUGGUCUGGAGUACGACGAGGAUUGUGGUGUCAGCUUGCAGUCCUUCGAUGAACUAGGGCAGGGCAUAAACAAGCGAGCCAAACGCAAAUGAGCAAUCUAAAAGAGAAUUUGACAGAAACGAAGCUAUUCUUGGUAACAAAGCAGUGGAAGAUUCACGGAUAGGAUGGCGUUUUAUGUAUUACACUUUUUCUACUGUUAAAAAAUGGAGUAAUAGAAUAAGCAAGUAAGAGCCCUACUGUAUUAUUCUGCUGCGCUUGUAUUCACUGUUGCGCUUUCAUCCUUUUCUUAAAGUAAUUUUUCAUCUA